GUACGUAAUCCCGAGCAAAACACCUGAUUUGUGCAAGGGAAAACGACUAUUAGCCUAGCCGGCCGAGAGAGCGAGAGCAGCUAGCCAUGCAUGGCGCCGCCGCCGGAGCUUGCCGUUGUCGUUCCAACAAUGACCCUGCUAGUGCUAGCGCUGCUGGGGGCGGCCGUGGCGGGCAAGAUCAGUUAUGCUCCGAGCACAAGCCCACCCGCUACUACUCCUACUAGCCCAAACCAAAGUCCACCAACAUAUCAUGCCCCAAGCCAGAUCCCGUCGUCGACCUCAAUAACUCCACCUAGCCCAAGCCCUAAACUAAGCCUAUUAUUACCCACUAAUUCUCAACCUAUCCCAAGUCCAAUCUCCUAUCCACCAAGCCAAAGUCCAUCAAUCUCAAAUCCACCAGCUAAUUCUCAACCUAUUCCAAACACUAGCCCUAGCUCAAUUUCACCAACUUAUCCUCCAAGUGGUCGAAGCUCAAACCCAUUAAUCUCAGGUCCACCAAUUUAUCCUCCAAGUGGAAGUUCGAAUCCAUCAAUCUCGAGUCCACCAACAUAUCCUCAAGGUGUAAGCACAAAUCCCUUGGUCUCGAAUUCGCCUACUUAUCCUCAAAGUGCAAGUCCAAGCCCCUCCAUCUCGACUCCACCAACUUAUGCUCCGAGUGCAAGUCCAAGCUCUUCCAUCUCGACUCCACCAAUUUAUGCUCCGAGUACAAGUCCAUCUAGUUCAAUCUCUACACCACCCAUUUAUCCUCCUAGCCCAAGUCCAAGUCUAUCGAUCAAUAGCCCACCAGGUAGCCCCACCCCAAGUCCAUCUAGUUCGAUCUCAAUCCCACCCACUUAUCCUCCCAGCCUAAGCCCAAGCCCAAGUAGUGCUCCUUCGUCAGGGCUUAGUGUCGGCUACUACAAGCAUACAUGCUCUGGAGCGGAGACUAUUGUGAGGGAGGUUGUGACGAAUGCCAUAGACAGCAAUCGUGGCACGGGCGCGGGGCUCAUUCGUUUGUUCUUCCAUGACUGCUUCGUUCAGGGGUGCGACGCUUCUGUUCUCCUGAACACGACCGGCUCCAGCGAGCCGACGGAGAGAGCCAGCGCACCCAACCUGAGCCUGCGCGGCUUCGAUGUGAUCGACGCGGCCAAGGCGGCGCUCGAGGCUGCCUGCCCCGGCGUCGUCUCGUGCGCGGACAUCGUCGCCUUCGCCGGCCGCGACGCCACCUGCAUCCUCAGCGGCAGCGCGGUCAGCUUCGACAUGCCGGCCGGCCGCCACGACGGCCGCGUGUCCCUCGACAGCGAGGCCGUCGCCAACCUGCCGCCGCCGUUCGCCAGCCUCGAGAGGCUCGAGGAGAUGUUCGCCGCCAAGGGGCUCGACGUCGAGGACAUGGUGACGCUCUCCGGCGCCCACACCGUCGGCCGCUCCCACUGCUCCUCCUUCUCCGACCGCCUCCCGCCCCACGUCUCGGACAUGAACGACACGCUCUCCGGCACGCUGGCCACGCAGUGCAACAGCGGCGGCGGCGGCGACACCACGGUGCCGCAGGACUCGGUGACCCCCGGCGGCCUGGACAGCCAGUACUACAGGAACGUGCUCAACCACGAGGUGCUCUUCGCGUCGGACGCCGCGCUGCUGGCGUCGGACCAGACGGCGGACAUGGUGUCCGCCAACGCGUUCACGCCGGGGCUGUGGGAGACCAAGUUUAAGGCGGCGAUGGUGAAGAUGGGCCGCGUCGGAAUCAAGACCAGCACCGACGGUGAGAUCAGAGACAAGUGCUGGAUGGUCAACUAACUAUCUAAUCAGAUGGUUGCUGAUCCGGCCUUAAGCCAUGGUCAAUAGCAUGAGCUGCACAUGCGUGCAUGCCACGUUCGUUAAAUCAUGUUACUUGCAUGCAUAUAUACGAUUGGACAACAUGCUGUAUACAAUUUUCCCCUACUACGUUAAAUCAUGCUAUAUACAACCCAA